AUGUAUCACAACAACUCCAUCCGUAUCCUCGCGGGGAACAGUCACCCCGAGCUCGCCCAGGCCGUGGCCGAGCGGCUCAAUGUACCCCUCGUGCCUGUUACCGUCAAGAAGUUCUCCAACGGCGAGACGAACGUGAAGAUCUCCGAGUCCGUGCGAGACGAGGACGUGUUCAUCAUCCAGUCCGGCUGCGACGAUGCCAACGACAAUCUCAUGGAGCUCCUCAUCCUCAUCUCCGCGUGCAAGACUGCCUCGGCGAGGAGGAUCACUGCCGUCAUCCCCUGCUUCCCGUACGCGAGGAACGACAAGAAGGACAAGAGCCGUGCCCCGAUUACGGCGAAGCUCGUGGCGAACAUGCUCGUCGUGGCCGGCUGCGACCACGUCAUUACGAUGGACCUCCACGCGAGCCAGAUCCAAGGCUUCUUUGAUAUUCCGGUCGACAACCUCUGGUCGGAGCCGCUCAUGCUUGGGUACAUCAAGCGGCGGAUCCCUGGCUGGGAAAAUGGCAUCGUCGUCAGUCCGGACGCUGGUGGCGCCAAACGUGUCACUGCCAUUGCGGACAAGCUCAACGUCGAGUUCGCCCUUAUCCAUCGGAAACGGGACGGCAAGUCCUUGACGGCUCCUGAGCGGAUGGAGAUCCUUGUCGGUGAUGUGAAGGACAAGGUUGCAAUCCUCGUCGAUGACAUGAUUGAUACUGGCUCCACCCUUACCCUUGCAGCCCGCACGCUGCACGAGAAGGGUGCAAAAUCCGUCCACGCCCUGAUUUCCCAUGGGCUUCUAUCGGAAACGAACCUCGCUUCGAUAGAUGAACUUCCUAUCGAGCGCUUGGUGGUCACGAACACCAUCCCACAAAAGCAGCACCAGGCCCUGUGCAAGAAGCUGGUCACGAUCGACGUCAGCCCGACCAUCGCCGAGAGCAUUCGACGCACGCACAAUGGCGAGAGCAUCAGCCUCUUGUUCGGCGAGUGGGCGGAACAGAAUGGCGUCGAAGUCCUCUACUGA